AUGGGCCCCUGUACCGCCUCCUCAUGCUGCUGCCAGGCCCAUAAUCUGUCAUGGGCCCCUGUACCGCCUCCUCAUGCUGCUGCCAGGCCCGUAAUCUGCCAUGGGCCCCCGUACCGACUCCUCAUGCUGCUGCCAGGCCCGUAAUCUGUCAUGGGCCCCUGUACCGCCUCCUCAUGCUGCUGCCAGGUCCAGAGUGUGUCAUGGGUCCCUGUACGGCCUCCCAUUGCUGCUGUCUCCAUCGCCACACUCUGCCAUGUGCCACUUUCAGGUCUCCUCACACUGCUGGUGGAUUCCAUUUUGUCAUAGGGUGCUGGCAGAUUACGGGCCUCCCAUUGCUGCUGCCAGGCCCGUAAUCUGCCAUGGGCCCCCGUACCGACUCCUCAUGCUGCUGCCA